AGAAGCUAGUUAGUUAGUAUAUUUUUCUUCUAUUUGAAAUAACGCGUAGAAUUGUAACUUUCUUAUUCUUUUACUGAAUCAAUCGAAGCUCCAUUAAAGAUUAUUAUAAAAGCAAAAGCAGUGUCACAAGAGUACUAUCGAAUAUUAUUAGUACACAAUGAGUAGUAAUACUAAUAUUAGUACUUCACUUCAAACAUUUCUUAGCUUAUUUCUUUUGGUGCUGCUCAGCUAUACCAGCAGGACUAGUGGUGAUCAAACUCGAAGGAACAUCACUUUGGGUUCAUCACUCACUGCACAACUCAAUCAAAAUGAGCAGUCAUCAUGGCAAUCUCCAUCUGGGGAUUUUGCAUUUGGCUUCCAACAAAUCCAAAAAGAUGGCUUCCUUCUUGCUCUCUGGUUCAACAAAAUACCUCAGAAAACCAUUGUUUGGUCAGCCAACAGAGAUCAUCUGGUGCAACAAGGCUCCACUGUUGAACUUACCAAACUUGGCUCCUUAGUUUUGAGGGACUCAACAGGAAAACAAGUGUGGAGUCGUGCAGUAGUCUCUGGCUCUGGAGUUUCCCACGCAGCCAUGCUCGACAUUGGAAAUUUCGUGCUCGCCAACCAGAAUCAUGCAAAGCUUUGGGAGAGUUUUAAUGAACCAACAGACACAUUGUUGCCUACACAAAUUCUUAGUCACGGUAAAGAACUUGCUGCUAGUCAUUCUGAGUCAGAUUACUCAAGGGGAAGGUACUAUUUUAAAGUUCACAAUGGAAAUCUAGUGUUCUAUGUCAGAAGAUUCACAAAGCCUAGUUCUGAUAUUUCUUACUGGCCAGAGAACCAAGCCCCAGGCAAUGGCACACAGGUGAUGUUUAACCAAUCUGGUUCUUUUUACCUGCAAGCACAGAAUGGAACCAUAACUGAAUGGUUGACACAAUCUGACUCUGAUUUUUCAAAAGGCUUCUAUCAAAGGGCAAUUCUUGAAUAUGAUGGUGUUUUCAGUCGCUAUGUCUACCCAAAAGAUGAUGAAAAUGGUACAAAUUCUAGAGGAUGGCCCAGCGGGAAGUGGAGCCGAAUUUCGCCAUCCAUACCUCAGAACAUGUGUAUAAGUAAAAAUGUCAAUAGAGGAUCUGGGGCUUGUGGAUACAAUAGCUACUGUCGUCUUGAAGAUGGUUUCAGACCCAAUUGUCUUUGCCUUGAUGGUUACACCUUCAUUGAUCCAAAUGAUAAGGCAAAAGGAUGCAUACCAAAGUUUGAAGCUCAAAGUUGCCAUGAAGAUUUAGAAGAUUUCAAGAACUUUGAUAUUUAUUCCAUGGAAAACACAAACUGGCCUGAAGGUGAUUAUGAUUUAUUUGAAUCAGUGUCUGAAGAUUGGUGUAGAAGAGCUUGCUUGGUUGAUUGUUUCUGUGCUCUUGCCAUCUAUGGAGGUGACACUUGUUGGAAGAAGAGAACUCCUUUCUCAAAUGGGAUAGUGGACUCUAAUGUUAAUGUAAAAACUCUAUUCAAAAUAAGAAAAAAUAGCACCACUGCUACUGCCAAGCCAAGCAACAACACAGAAUCGAAGCCAAAAGACCAAACAACACUGACAGUCAUUGGAUCAGUUCUUCUAAGUAGCUCUGCUCUUCUUAAUAUCAUACUACUUACAACUUCAUUGGUUUUCUUUUCCCGCCUUCGUCGCAGAGCAUCAAUAGCUGGAUCAUAUCAGACCAUGCCAGAAACAAAUUUACAGAAUUUCACUUAUUCAGAACUAGAAAAAGCUACCAAUGGAUUCAAGGAACAGCUAGGAGUAGGUGGCUUUGGAGCUGUUUUCAAAGGUGUUUUGGCUUUGGGCAAAAGUAGUUAUUCGGUUGCUGUGAAAAGGUUGGAUAACAUGGUGAAAGAAGGUGAGCAGGAAUUCAAAGCUGAAGUAAUGUCCAUUGGUCGUACAAACCAUAAAAAUUUGGUUAAGUUAAUUGGGUUUUGCAACCAGGGACAACACCGACUACUUGUUUACGAGUACAUGAGCAAUGGAUCCUUGGCAAGCUUUCUUUUUGGAUCAUCAAAUAAGCCAAGGUGGCACCAAAGAAUGCAAAUUGCUUUGGGGAUUGCAAGGGGACUAUUUUACUUGCACGAAGAGUGCAGCACCCAAAUCAUACACUGUGAUAUCAAGCCUCAAAACAUCCUCCUAGACGAGUCAUACACAGCAAGAAUUUCUGAUUUUGGAUUGGCCAAGAUUCUGAAGACUGACCAGACUCGAACCAAUACUGGAAUAAGAGGAACCAAAGGAUAUGUUGCCCCGGAAUGGUUUAGAAACAUGGCUGUGUCAGUGAAGGUGGAUGUUUACAGCUAUGGAAUACUAUUAUUGGAGCUGAUCUGCUGUAGAAAGAAUGUUGAGGUGAAUGUUAAGGAUGAUGCUCGAAUGAUAUUAGCUGAUUGGGCAUGUGAUUGCUAUGGAGAUGGGAAAGUGGAGUGUCUAGUUGAGAAUGAUGAUGAGGCCGUGAUGGAGUUGAAGAUGGUUGAAAAGUAUGUGAUGGUUGCUAUAUGGUGUAUCCAAGAGGACCCUUCACUACGACCUACUAUGAAGAAAGUUAUGCUGAUGCUUGAAGGAAGUGUUAAGUUUCAAGCUCCUCCACACCCAAAUUCAUUCCUUAGCUCUUUAUAGUUCUGUACUCGUAUAAAUAUAUAUGUAUAUAUAGGGAGCAACGCAUUCUUUUUUUCAACACCGUUUAUCUUUUUCUAUUUUGGUAUCUGAACAUUUAUAAUCCAAAAAAAAUUAUAUGACGGUAUACAUUAUAGCUAUUUAGAACAUUUUUUAUAAAUUCUGAAUAAAUUAUAGUAACGAAACAGUGUCUAAACUCUCUGUUACACC